UGUCUAUCUCUCUUUCUCUCUCUCUGAUUUAUCAUUUUCUCUUUCCAUGUCCUUCCAUUCUCUGUCACUGUCCCUCCCUCUUUCCUCUUUACUGCCUCCCUCUCUUUUAUUACACCUCUGUCGUUCCCUAUUUUCAUUCCCAAGAGUCCCUUGUUUUCUUUCCCGUCUCGUUAGGAGAAAUUGGAAUGUACAAAAAUCACAUAAAAGACACCAACAACAACUGCAAUAAAAGCCUUCUCCCUGACCAUAAGGUAAGCUGCAAAGUUGAUCAUUUUACCCUUGGGUUUAUGUCUAAAGGGAAGUCAGGCGAUAGAAAGUUUAAUUCAUUAUGAAAGAGAUUAGGUUUGGAAAAAUGCUCUCCCAUAAAAUCCAAUGCACUAUAUCAAUGGGACAGUUUUGUAGUUAAUUUUCAAUGGCACAACAAUAUCAUGUUCAAUAAAUAAAUGACUUCUAACCUCAUAGGAAAAACUAUUAUCUAAAUACAUGCAUGCUGAACUUACUCUUUAGUUAAAUAACUUAAGUCACUAUUCUGUCACUAUUUGACAAUAACUUCUGUCACUAUUUGACAAUAACUUCUGUCACUAUUUGACAAUAACUUCUGUCACUAUUUGACAAUAACUUUUGUCACUAUUUGACAAUAACUUCUGUCACUAUUUGACAAUAACUUCUGUCACUAUUUGACAAUAACUUCUGUCACUAUUUGACAAUAACUUCUGUCACUAUUUGACAAUAACUUCUGUCACUAUUUGACAUUGUUUCUCUGUGUUUUUCCUCUUCCCUUUCUUUUCCCAUUCUCUCCUCUCCCCUCAUGUUUAUCUGUGUGUGUGUUACAGGAGAAGCUGAUCCAGGCUAUUAAAAGAAUAAAGCAUGAGGUAGACGAGUGCUGGGAGGCAGAGAGAGAGACGUACAUAUGGUCUAUUGGUGUAGAGGUACAGUACUGGCUGCCAAUGCAUUACUUACCACAGUCAUUAACUUUUCAUGGUUCAUUUAUUUUAUUAUUUUAUUAAAUCCUGAAUAAGAUAAUCUGUGAAUGUAUUAGUGUGUCAGUAAUAUUACAAGCAAUUUGCCUGAUACUGGUUGGAAAUGUUAUCUAACAACGUUAGGAUAAAUAAUUUGUAGUAUUUACAUAUUUAGCAUUAAAAUGAACAUACUGUAAUUGUUGCGUGUUGGCUAAAGCUGAAAAAUCUCUCUCCCAACCAGGCUAGCAUCCUUCUACUACCCACUAUAUAUUAACAAAAUAGUAAAGUCUGUCCCUCUGUCUAUCUCUCAGAGAUGUUUUGAUAAUCUGGAACGGGAGGUCCGAGCUGAGUUCCAGAACCUCCAUCGCUUCCUGGACGAAGAGGAGACCCUGGACAUGGAGCGACUGAAGAAGGAGAAAGAGAAGAGGGUGAAGCUGCUUAGGGAGAGAGAGAGGAAGAUCGCCAUGCAGGGAAGAGAUCUAGAGAGAGGCAUUGCCACGCUAAACAACAAACUGGCCGAGGAGGAUAGUCCCAAACUGCUCAAAGUGAGUGAGUUAGGGUGUGCAGGCUAUUGUUCUAUUCAAUUUGCCUGAAAUCAAAUAAAGAAUUUGACUAAUCAAUGUGAUUUUUUAAAUGUAAUGGAAGCUUCUAAAUUGCUUUCAACACCUCAUGAGUAUUCACAUUGCAUAGUGGUGGGAGCAAUAUAGCGGUGGCAGCCUAUCAGGACGAUUGGGGGCGUGGCCUAUUGGGGCGUGGCUUUCUGUAUGUUAUUUUUGGCCACCCGUGAGAGUGAAUGUCAUUCCAGGUAAUGUGUUGUGUUUUUUUAAUGAUUAUAUGUUCACUGCCAGCAUUGAUUCUUAAAUGAUAUCUGCUUAAGAAGUGUGAUACUAAAGUGCCUGGAAAGGCUACCAUUGAUGAGUUGGUUACCAUUUGGUUACAAUAUUGUAACCAGUUAAUGUGAAAAUCUUAUGUAAAGAAAGUGUUUGGAGUCAUUAUUUCAUGUUAUGGAACCAACUUAAUAUCUUGAUUAACAGGACAUAUAUUUAAUUAGCUUAUAACCCAAUUGAAGAAAUUUGGAUAGGUAAUUCCAGAGUGAAAAAUCUACUUGGUACAACAUAAAAAAAUGGGUUGUAAUGUAUAUACACUGAGUGUACAAAACUUUUGUCCUCAAAAGCGUUCCACAGGGAUGCUGGCCUAUGUUGACUCCAAUGUUUCCCACAGUUGUCAAGUUGUGUGGAUGUCCUUUGGGUGGUGGACCAUUCUUGAUACACACAGGAAACUGUUGAGCGUGAAAAACCCAGCAGCAUCUAUGUCAUGGAAAGAGCAGAUGUUCUUCAUGUUUUGUAUACUCAGUGUAUAUUAGUUUGCAUUUAUGUUAUUUAUUAGGUUUAACCAAAGGUUUAAUCCCACAGCACCCCCCCUCGCACCCCCUCCUCGCUCCCCCCCCCCCCCCCCCCCCCCCCAAAAAAAAAGCCUUUCAUGAACUAAUACUCGCUUGACUUUUUUCCCCCUUACUAGCUCUGACUAUGCUGAUAGCUACUUUAUUGAGGAAAAAUGUAGUUACUAUGAUUGUGAUAUAUAGUUGUCCCACCUAGCUAUUUUUAGAUGAAUGCACUAACUAGAAGUCACUCUGGAUAACAGCGUCUGCUAAAUUACUAAAAUGGUAAUGUAAAUGUAGUGCAGGGAUGGAACUAAAGCCUGCACACUGCAGUAGUGCUCCAUGAGGAGAGUUGGCAACCGUCAAUAAUCAUAAAAUGAAACCAACUGUCAUAACUGUUUAUGACAUCUCUUAUGUCAUUAUUACGACACCGUCAUUCAGGUCUUAUGACGAAAGGUUGGAGAGCAAAGUGUUACAGAGAAUGUGAUAAAUGGCAGGAGGGAGGGAGUGAAUUGCGGAGGGUCAGGGGAAUGAGAAGCUUGGAGUACCUCCACAGAAUCUACUGGAUGCUGCUAUCAGCCUCCACAACAGCUAGCCUACGCCAGCACAUUGAUGUCAAAGCUGCAGUCCUCAAGGACCACCGCGUCAGCUUAUUGCCUUCUCUUCUGGCACUAAUUUGAUCAAUCAAAGUAAUUGAUUGGCUAAAUAGUCUACUUGCCUGCUUUCGUUGGUCUAAAUCAAUUUCUCAUUAAAAGGUUGGCGGACAAAAAGCACCACAGUGCAGUCCUGGAGUACUAGCUGAGGUUUGGCACCAAACAAUGACUGAGAGAGAAUAUCAACUGCAUAUUGAGUUCAUUUGGGCACAAUUCUGGUUUGUUUUCUGAUGGAAAACAAAUGUAAUAUGUAUUUUUAUUGGGCAACUUUAUCAGUUGAACAAAAUGUGUGCUAUGUUGCUUUGAGUGAUUUAAGUCUUUCACUACUGUAAUGACCACUCCUUUUUUCUCUCUGAAGGAGAUUCAAGACCUCUUGAAAAGGCAAGUGAUUAUAUUUAAUUAUUUAACUGAUUAUGUCUCCAUCUAUUUCUCGUAUCACAAAUCACUCCCUUCUCCUGAUCGGCCAUAAUCUCUCAUAUUGCAUUUUUGGCAUCCCAUUCUCUCUCUCUCUCUCUCCUCUCGUUGGUAUCCCCCCUUUCUUCUCUCCACUCGCUCUAUCCUCUCGUUCUCUCUUUGGCAUCUUUCUUCACUCUCUCUACCCUCUCUCUCUUUCUCACUCAUUUCCCAAUCCUUUCCUUUCACAAAAACAUAAUCCUGUCCUUCUUUUCAAUCACUUUCUCAUCCAUCUUUGCACUCCUCCUCCCCUGCACCUCUCCCUCUCUCAUCCCCCUCUCCCUGCAGGUCCCAGGUGGCUUUCAUUCCUCCUCCACAGGUGGAUGUGGAGGUGCGAUCAGCACACUUUGUGGGGCCCAUCCAGUACAGGAUAUGGAAACACAUGAAGAGCUGCCUCUAUCCAAGUAAUGCACAUCGUAUCUUUCUGUGACAUUAGUAUUGUUAUAGAAUUGUUAUAGUAUUGUUAUACUAUUGUUAUACAAUGAGUAUAAUGCUGAAUUAAAGAGAUUAAGUCUUCUAGUGACAUAGUAAUAAUGUACCGGUAUAUCUGGGUUUUUUCAUUCCUAGGGAUGUACUUACAUAUAUACCAUUAGACCAUUCUAGAUUACAACAAUACAACUCACCUGAGCCCCCCCCCCCCCCCCCAGACAUCACUGAAGUGACCUUUGACCCAGAGACAGCCCACCCCCUCCUCACCCUCUCCCCCAGCUGCACCUCUGUGUGGUUCGAGGAGGACAAAGUUAUCCCCAAGGCCUCGGAGGAGGAGCAGCCACCCAACCCCCGCCGCUUCCACUACUACUACAGUGUAAUGGGCCGAGAAGGCUUCAUCACCGGACGCCAUUACUGGGAGGUGGAGGUGGGCCGCAAGACAGCAUGGCGGGUGGGUGUGGCCAGGGAGGAUGUCCACAGGGGGGAGAUGGACUCCAGCGGGACCAGCAGCGGUCUCUGGACCCUGUCCCUGAAGGGAGGGGCCAUCUUGGCCUGUACAGACCCCAAACCCACCAAGGUCCCAGUGUCCAUCAGGCCCGUCCGGAUCGGAGUGUUCUUAGACUGUGAGAAGGAGGAAGUAGCGUUCUAUAACGCUGUUACCAUGACGCCGCUGUACACAUUCUCCAUGGAAACAGUGUUCGUUCCGCUGAUCCCCUUCUAUAACCCUUGUGACGCGGACGAUGGGAGGAACCUUGGUCCCCUGAACCUCUUUAGCCCCUCUAUAUGAGAGUUCGGAAAACCAAGGAGAACCAAGGUUCGACUGGAGUAUAUUCUGUUUGGGGAUGUGGUGGAAGGAUAGAUAGCAUUUGGAAAUGGUUUUUAUACAGUGUAUGUUUCCUGUAUAAUUUCAUAGCUGGCCUGGAAGCAUGAUGUAAAUUGUAUCAGUUAAAAAAUCCAAUGAGUUUAUGAUACGCAUUUACAUUUACUAGUGGAGGCUGGUGGGUGGAGCUAUAGGAGGAUGGGCUCAU